GCCGCGGCCGUCGCUGUCCGCUGUGAGCGCCGCUCGGGGGGAGCGGGCAGCCGCCGCCGCCUCGCCAACAUGCUCGGCCAAGGGAGUUGUCCGGCGUUCCUGCUGCUGCUGCUGGGCCUGGCGCUGGAGGGCUGCGGGGGCUGCCCGGGCCCGUGCGUGUGCUACCCGUCGCCCAUGACCGUCAGCUGCCAGUCUCACCACCUGCUGGCCAUCCCGGAGGGCAUCCCCGAGGAGAGCGAGCGCGUCUUCCUGCAGAACAACCGCAUCUCGGUGCUGCUGCGCGGCCACUUCAGCCCGGCGCUGGUGACGCUGUGGCUCUACUCCAACAACCUCACCUUCGUGGACCCGGGCGCCUUCCAGGGCUUCGACCACCUGGAGGAGCUGGACCUGGGCGACAACCGCCAGCUGCGCGACCUGGCACCGGACACCUUCCAAGGCCUGGCGCGCCUUCACGCGCUGCACCUGUACAAGUGCGGCCUGGCCUCCCUGCCCAGCCGGCUCUUCCGGGGCCUGCACAACCUGCAGUACCUCUACCUGCAAGACAACCAGCUGGGCUUCCUGCAGGAGGACCUCUUUGCCGACCUGGUCAACCUGAGCCACCUGUUUCUGCACGGCAACCGCCUGUGGAGCCUGCAGCAGAACACCUUCCGUGGCCUGGUCAACCUGGACCGGCUGCUGCUCCACCAGAACCGGCUGCAGAGCGUCCACCGGCGGGCCUUCCACGACCUGCGCCGCCUGACGCUGCUCUUCCUCUUCAACAACAGCCUGGCCGAGCUGGCUGGGGAGGCGCUGGCGCCGCUGGGCGCCCUGGAGUACCUGCGCCUCAACGGGAACCCCUGGGACUGCGGCUGCCGGCUGCGCUCGCUCUGGGAGUGGCUGCGGCGGUUCCGGGGCUCCAGUUCCAGCGUCGUCUGCGAGUGGCCCGAGCGCCACCGGGGCCUCGAACUCAAGGAGCUGCCGGCCCACGCCUUUGAUGGCUGCGCGGCCGCCGAGGCGCCGCACCAGAUCCAGGGCGCGCGCCUGCCCCCCGCCGACCGGGCCGCCCCCCGGGACCUGCCCCCGCUGCACGCCUCGGCCGAGAAGGGCAAGGGCGCGCGCCCGGGCUCCCGCAAGGCCGGCAAGAACUGCCCCAAAGGCCGCAACCGGACCUCCAUGCCGGCCUCGCUGGGGCCCCGCAAGGAGGCCGAAGAGAUGCACGACCAGGAGGCCAAGCUGGGCUUCGAGCUCAUGCCCGCCGCCGGCAGCCCCAAGCAGAAGGGCAAGUGCGCGCGGACGCCCCUCCUGCCCCCCAGCGGCGUCCAGCAAGCGGCGGGCGGCGGGCUGGGCAACGGCGGCUCGACGGCCUCCGCGGCGUGGCUGCUGGCGUGGCUCCUGGCCUGCGUGGCCAUCGUCCGCUGAGCGCCCCGGCCCGCCCCCCUGGGCGAGCGCUCCCACAGCCCCGUCGCUUCCUUUGCUGCCCGUCGAGGAUCCGGUCUGGCGGAGACCAACGCGGCGCCGCCUGGGCCAGGGCCGGCCGGGGGGCCCGGGGCGCCUGAACUGCAGCCGCAACCGGGGGAUCGCAAGCCGCGGCGGGAAGGCUCCUCGCGAGCAAGGGACGGGGGCCGAACCUCGCGGCCCGACGCUGUGGAUCGCUGCGCGCCAGGCUGGGCAGAGAGAGGAGCCGGCAGGGACGGCGGGCGGGACCAGGGCGCAAAAGGGACACGGGCCUGUGGGCCGCGGGACGGAACGGGCCGCGAGCUCUCUCGGGAGCCCCCGAACCUCUCAGGACUCUCCCUUGGCAGGACUGCUCACCCCAAGGCGGCCGGCUGGACUGCGGAGCCUUCGCCCCGAGCGGGGCUCCAGCGAGGCGCGCCUGGUUUGUACCGUCUGUGUUCACCUAGCAAAUAAAAGCGAUGCACAGA